AUGUCGUUCGCGCCAAAGACGGCACCACUGUCGUGGGACAAGGUCCUUUCGUGGUCGUUGGACGACGUUCACAAUGUUGGCGCCGCUGACCCGCCGCUGGUCGAGGUGGCGCUGGAAGAACUGAAGGGCGCAAAGUUUGACACGCAGGCGCCAGAGGCUUCUGAUCCGGGUGCUGUGGCCCAUCUGUUCUCGGUUACCCAAGCGGCUAUGGAGUAUGCCCUGGAUAUGUGGUCGGCCUCGGACAGAGACCUUGUCCAGGUCGAGACACAGCUCGAUGCGCUCCGCAUGGCCGGAGGCUCGUCCGGCCUCGGUGCAGCCGCAGAGCUCUCCGUCCUCAACUCGAAAAUCUCCAGCCUCGAGACAACUGUCAAUCAGCUGGAGCGCGAGAAGCUCUCGUUGGAGGAGGAGCUGGCGACCGCCAAGGCCCAGCGGUCCAAUGCGCUCGCUGAUCUUCAGGACGCGCAGGCACAGGCUAACUCGCACCGCCACGAGCUCAUCAUUCUGCAGGAGCAGCUGAAGGAGACCAAGGCUGCGCUCGAGACUAAGGAGCGCCGCGUCCGCGAGGACGCCGCCAACGACGAGCGCUCAAAGACCCAGGUCCGUGAGCUGCAGGUCACCCUCAACCAGCUCACCUCGCGGCUCGAAGAGUCGACCGCCGAGGCCGAAAAGUACAAGAACGAGCUGACUCUCACCCAGGGCCUCUUUGCCGAAGCCGUCGAUGAGUGGGAACGUGUCGAGCGCAACCUGCAGGAUGACGCCGGCGCCGUCCCCGAGUUCAAGCACCGCAUCACACAGCUCGAGGACGAGAAUGACCGCCUCCACGAGGCCAAGGUUGCCCUCACCACCCAGCUCGCCUCGUACGAGACAGACGACUCCCGGUUUAUGGCCCUCGUCGAGGAAAAGAUGGCCACCGUCAAGAAGCUGCUCCUCACCAAGGAGAACGAGCUGGCCGCCAAGGACGCGCGCAUCACCUCGCUCUCAAACAAGGUCGAGAAGCUCGACCUCGAGCUUCGCGCCUCGUCCAACGAGGCCCUCAAGUCGCAGCUCGCAGACCGCGACGCCACCAUCGCCACCCUCCGUCACUUUGUCGAGACCGUCGAAGAGCGCGAGGCCGCGCUGCAGUCCGAAUGGGCCUCGCGCGAGGCCUCGCUCGAUGAGCUCAAGGACCUUGCCGCCCGUGAACACGCAGCUGAGUUUGCUGCCCUCAAAGACGAGGUCUCCUCCACUCGCGCUGCCCUUCGCAACGUCGAGGCUCGCUACAACGAGGCCAUGCAGGAGCUCGACGAAAAGACCCGCGAGAUCCUCGAGGCCCACUGCAUGAUCAAGGAGUACGAGGGCGGAAACCCGCGGUUCCACAUGGCCCUUGACAAGAUCAAGCACCUCAAGGCCAACAUUGCCCGCCAGGACGAGGCCUACAAGGCCCUCAUUGCCAAGAUCAACAAGGUUCAGGCCGACGCAGACUUUCUCGAGGAGGAGAACGCCGCCUACCGCCACAAGUACGGCUCGCUCAACUCGCAAGACGUCACGAUCGUUCUCACCGCAAAGGACCGCGAGCUGCAAAAGCAAGCCGCCCUACUCUCACGCUACCGCCUCGACAUCGAUGAGCUCGAGGAGGAGGUCCUGGAGCUCAAGGCCUGCCUCCGUCUGCAGGCUGUCGAGCGUGGCGCCAAGGCGUAUGAUGCCGGCCUCGACGUCGCGUCUUCCGUCAACGAUUUGCUCGCCCUCCAGCGCCCGCGCAAGUCAGGCACCUCGCUUCUGGCUGGUGCGGCAGGCGGUGACAAUGCGCUCCUGCUCGAUAGGCUGGAGCAGGCGGCAACUCGCCUUGCCAACCUCGAGUCCGAGAAUGGCACGCUGAUGGCCGCCAACGAGUCACUCGCCGCCCAAGCCUCGGCCGCAAAAUCGUCGCUCGCCGCGCUCCGCUCUGCGGCCGCCACAGACCUCGACGCCACCGUCAAGGAACUCAAGUCGCAGCUGGCCGCCCGCGACAGCUCGGCCCCCGUCCCACCUGGCGUCACGGCCCUUCUCGACCUGUGGGACUCCAAGCUCGACCUCGUCGCCCACUGCGACGAGCUUGACGACGCCGUCACCAAGGCCCACGACGAGGUCAAGGCCGUCAAGGUUCAGCUCCGCGAAGAGAAGAUGGAGAAGGAGCACCAUGCUUCGCUUGCCGCCCGCAAGGACCGCGAGCUGGCCGCUCUCGAGGACGAGGUCAUCCAGCUCAAGUCGCAGCUCCGCACCGCGCUCGUCUCGGGCAUGCUCGAUCCGGGCGCAAGCUUUGCUGCCGGCUCGGCCUCCGUCAUGGCGCCAGGCACCCCCUCGCGCCGGACAUACGCCUCGCUGGUGGUCCAGAACCCGGCACUCUCGCCGCCGGCUGCCGCCCGCCUCUCACCUUCGCGCUCGAUGCUGUCAUCGAUGGACCCUGCGUCGGUCGACGAGCUCGGCGGCCUCAUGGCCCAGCUGCUCGAAGCCCUCGAGGCCAACGAGGCCAUGCACUCGGAGCUGCACGCAUCCGAGCGCGCGCUGGCGGAGCUCAACUCGCAGUUUGAUGAGCUCGGCGCUCAGAAGGAGCUUCUCUACGCUGAGCAUGCCAAGACCCUCGCCGAACUCAAGACAGCACAGUCUGCUGCGCGCGCCGCCGAGCGCCGCGCCGGCGACUCUUCUGACCUCCUUGCGGCCGCCCGCGAGACCCUCGCCCAGCUCAAGGCGCCCAACUCGCCCAACAAGGCCCAGCUCAUCAACGCCAAGCGAACAGUCAUCGAGCUCCGCGUCAACGAGAAGGAGCUUGUCCGCCGCCUCGAGGCCGCCUCUUUGCGUGCUGACGACCUUGCCCGCGAUCACGCUGCGCUUCUGGCGCGUGCUGAGGAUGCCGGCUCGUGGACCAAGGGCUACAUCGCCACGCUCAAGGCCUCCAACGAGUUCCUUAAGGCCGAGAACACCCGCCUCCUCGCUCUCACCACCGCCUCGGUCCCGGACUACGAGUACGCCCAGGUUGUUGACCGCGCUGAGACCGCGCUUGCUGCCGCCGCCAACGCCACCGAGGCCGAGGCUGCCGCCCGCGCUGCGCUCGCCAAUGCGCGCGCCAAUGCUGCAGACGCCACUGCUGCGCUCGCCCGCGCCGACGUGCUCGAGGGCCAGCUCGAAGCGCUUCGCAAAACCCACACCAAGACUCUUGAGACUGUCGACCAGCUCAAGGAACUCUCGUCGGCUGUCACCGACGGCUCAGCCCCACAAGUACUCAAGCGCAAGUACAAUAUGGUGGCCGGCCUCAAGGCCGAAGUUCUGUCGCUACGGACCUCGCUCGACUCGGCCAAGGCUGCCGCUUCGGCUGCCAAGAAGCGCGCCGACGCCGCCUCGGCCGCUCUCCAGGCUAACACCGCCUUGCUGGACGAGUCCGAGGCCAAGAUUUCAGAGCUGUCGACCCAGCUCGGCUCGGCACAGGAGAAGCUGCUUGUGGCACAGAGCAAGGCUGUUGGUUGCCUCUCGCGCGAUGCCUCACGUGCGCUCUCGGCCGAACUCGAGGAGACCAAGAGCCGCGCCGCCGCCGCCGCCGCCGACCUUGCCACCUACAAGCGGCUACUCGAGCUCGCCACCACCCAGAUGGAGCAAAUGCGGACGACUCGCUCCAAGCUCGAGGACCAAUCGUUGCUCGCAGCCAAGGCCAUCGAUGAUCUGCAGGCGUCCGGAGACGUCGCCGCCCAGCUCGGCGCUCUCCAUCAGGCCAACAUGCGGUUGAAGGCCAAGGCUGUCGAGGCCGAGCAGGCAGCUCGCGAGACACGCCGCGAGGCCGUUGUUGCCUCCAACGCUCUCAUCGCCGCCACCAAGGACGCUGACCAUGCCACCCGCUCAGCCUUUGAGCUCCGCUCGCAGUUGAUGGACCAGUCACGGGCGUUCCAGGCCGCGGCGUCCGAGCAUCGGCUGGCGCUUGUCGAGCGCGUUCCGCGCCGCCAGCUCGACGACGCCAACGCUGCUCUCGCCCGCGCCUCGCAGCGCGCCGCCGACAAGGAUGCCGCUGUCGCCGACGCGCUCACCAAGCUUGCCGACGCCGAGGCCGCGCUUGACGCCACACGUGUCGCCGCCAAUGUCCAGGCCGAGCUCGUCGAGGGCUACAAGAACGGCUCAACUGCCAGUCUCGUUGAGGAAUGGGCUUCCCAAGUUACUGCGCUGCGUGUUGAGCAGCUCGCCGGCGAGCGGCACCGCGAGCGAGUCCUUGCCGAACUGGCAUCCGCUCGCGCCGAUGCCGCCGAGAACGAGACGCGCCUCGCUGCCGAGCAGGAGCUCCGUGUCAAGCUUGAAAUGCAGCUGGAGGCUGCCAAGGCUCAGGCUGCCACCGCCGGCCAUGCCCAUCUCGCCAACAUGCAGAGCAAGGACCGCGAGCGCGACAUCAUCCUGAUGGCCAUGAAGACCUCGGCCGCCAAGUUGGGCGAGCUCGACCCGUCCAUGCCGGCCUCCCGUCAGCUCGACGAGGCGCGUGCCCAGCUCGCGUCGGCGUCGGCCGCCAUUGCCGAGUACUCGCGCAUGAUCGACGAGCUCGAUGCAGCGCUGGUGGGCUCUGGAAAGCAGGUCGCCAGUCUUCGCGCGGCUCUCCUCGACAAGGACGUGGCCCUGUCCGAGGCAAACGCCAAGCUCAAGGCCAGACACGCCGACGAGGCCCACGGCCGCGCUCUCGCUGCCGAGGCUGGCAACGGUGAGGGUGAUCCUGCCACCGCGCGCCAGCUAGCGCUGGCCCAGUCUUCAGUCAACACACUCGAGGCACAGCUUCAGACCAAGGACAAAGCCCUCGACGAGCUGCGUGCUCUCCUCGCGUCGACGAGAAGUCAAGCGAUGAAGCAAAAGCAGGCCGACGACGAGACCAUUGCUGCGCUGCAAACAAAGGUCCUCGACGCGUCGGACGCGUCGUAUGCCAAGCUCCAAGAGCUGGUCAACCAGCUCAACGUCGACGAGACCAGACCCGACUCGCGCUCGCCUUCGCACGCCAUGCCACCCUCGCUAGAGGCCCUGUUGCAUGCAAAGAACGAGGCGCUCAACCAGUCAGCUGCUGCGUACGCGCAGCUCGCCAACGAGUUGGAGAGCGUCAAGAAAAUGGCCGAUCGGCGGGCGAGCCAGAUCGAAGAGCUCCUCACCUCGCACCGGACCGCCAUGGAGGAGGUCCGUGGCCUGCAUGCCUCGGAGAUUCGCUCGCUCCAGGCCGAACUUGCCGCACAGCGGCAGCAGACUGCCGAGCUGCGGUCGGCACUGCAACGCGAGUCGUCAGCGGCGGCGGCGGCUCCGCCGUCGUCGCUCAAGCACACUGUGAGUGCGCUCCGCCGCGAGCUGGCCGACAAAAAGCGCGCAAUCCGCGAGCUUCGUGCUGAGCUGGUCAAGGCCGAGACAUCGGCGCCGCGGGCCGAGCUUGCCGCGUCCAAGGUCUCGGUCUCGGUCAAAUCGAUGGUGGCACAGCAGACAACCGAGCUGCAGGCCAAGAUUGACGGGCUGGAAGCCGCCAUGGCCCGCGCUGCGUCGGCGGCCAAGGCCAACAAAGACAAGGCCAAGAGCUACCACUCGCAGGUCCGGGUUCUCGAGUCCAAGCUCGGUCGACUCGAGGGUGAGCGCGCCACCAUGGCGCGCGAGAUGAAGGAGAUGGCCACCGCUUUCAAGGCUCGCGAGCGUGAGCUCGCAGCCAAGCGGGCCUCGAUGCGCGACGAGAUCGAGGCCUCCGUCCGCCGCGACCGCUCGUCUGGCGACGCCGACAUUCAGCGAGUUGCCCGUCUCAAGCAACGAGUCGCCGAGAAGGACGGCGUCAUUGCUGAGCUUCGUGACCAGCUCACCCGUGCCAGCAAGCGCAUCCGCAAGCUUGAGCUGGAGGCUAAGGCUGCUGAGGAGCAGAUGGCGGCCGCGCGCGAGCGUGAGGCACAAGCUUCACGCUCGCGGAGCAAGUCGAGCGACAGUCGCGGCGGAGGAGGGGACGACGAUCCGCCACCAUCGCGCGAGCCGGCAAAGCGUCGCCCCGCCACCCGCCGGCCUUCGAGCGCGACGAGCCGCCCAGACUCGCGGUCGGCCGCUGAGAGCGCGGCGGCUAUGGCGCAGUGGGAAGCAAACAAGCGCUGGCAGCGCAAAGAAGCCGCACUCAAGGACAAAAUCAAGUCGUCGGCGGCGACCAUCGACUCGCUCGAGUCGCAACUUGUCGGCCUCAAGGAGACCGUGACCAAGAUGGAGCGCGAGAAGGCGCGGCUGGCAGCCAAGCUUCGCAAGCUUGGUGGCGGAGCGCGGAGCGAGGAGCGACCCAAGUCGGCCAGCAUCAAGUCGGCCCAAGCACUGCACGACCUCCAGGCCGAGGUCUUUGGCCUUACUGCUCGGCUCGAAGAGGAGGCACUGGCAAAGCAAGGUCUCGAGUCUCAGGUUGCGGAGCUCCGGCUCGAACUUGAGCUCCGCGAGGCCCGCGACGACGACGCGGUACUCGUCGGCGUGGCACCGAGUGUAUCGGCUUCUGGAGAUACAGCUGAGGCGGAGUGGCACGCUCGGGUUGUCGAGCUCGAGGCCGCCAAGCGUGCGCUUGAGAAGGAGGUGCUGGAGGUGACCAACGAGGCAACCGAGCUGCGGUUCGAGCUUGCGCAGAAGACCGAGUCGGAGCCGCGGCUCCGGGAGCGCAUCGCUCAGCUCGAGGACCACGUGGCGCUGCUGAAGGCGUCCGGGGCUGUCAUUGCGUCGGCAGACUUGUCCAGCUCGGGAACAGGCUCCAAAGCUAGCAAGCUCGAGUCGGUGGUUCUCUCGCAGAACAGGGUCAUCGAACAGCUCAAGGCCGAGGUGGCGAGCGCCAAAAAGGCUGGUGCGUCUAACGUCAAGUACAUGGCCCUUCGCAAGGCCCACCGUGAGCUCAAGGGCAAGUACGACGAGCUUGAGGCCGCCUACCUCCCACUGAAGGAGAAGGAGGAGCUUGUCUCCGCCGCCGCGUCCAAGGUCAAGCGCCUGGCCGCCGAAAACGCCAAGCUGACCAAAAAGGUCAAGAGCCUCACCGCCGACGCCGCUGCGCUCAAGGAGGCCAACAUCGAGCUGCGAACCCAGACCGGCGUCCUCGAGGCCGACGCGCUCGCCGCCCGCAACGCGCUCGAGUCGCUUCAGGCCUCGGCCGAAGACGACACCUGCCGCGCCCGCGCCCUCCUCGAUCGACAGGAGCACGAGCUCCACGCACAACUCGAGGCCAAGGAGGCCGCGCUGGCUGCCGCGCAGGCCGACAUCGCCUCGCUCUCCACUGUCAAGUCACAGCUGGAGACCCAGCUCGCCCGCGCCCGUGACGACAUCGAGGCCUACCAGGCGCUCAACGGCGGUGCACGCAACGCCGACGCGCUGCUCAAGAUCGAAAAAGAGAACCGCGCACUCAAAAAGCGGGUCUCGGUCCUCAACGACCGCACGUCGGUGCUGGAGAAGGACCUCACCGCCUCGCUCGGUGGCGAGCAGCUACCAAGCGUCGAGUCCAAGGCUACCGAGGCAUACGACAAGCUGCAGCAUACCUAUCACGCUGCACUGGAGCAGAUGGCGCAGCUCGAGCGCGAGAACGAGGCUCUCCGCCUCGAGCUCGACGCCUUUGACCCAAACUUUUUCGACGAGCUUGAGGAGCUCAAGUACGCCUACCGCUCCGCCGUCAAGAAGGUUGCCGAGUACGAGAAGCAGAUGCGUCUUGCGCAGCGCCAGUAUGGCAUCGCCUUCUCGGGCCUGGACGACGACAGUGCCUAAGCCCGUCUAAACAAACCUACGCCCAA